CGGCAUUUCUCCCAGCAACAGAAAAAAUAAAAAUAACAAAUUAAUUUCACUUCUGCAGACCCGUUUGGUAUAAAAGGAGGUGAGAACUUUGAGCACAGCACAAGUUACAAAUUUUUGCGACGCUGUGAAGUGUGAAGAUCAAGAUUUUAUAAAAAAUGAAUCAAGCUAUUCUGUGUCUUCUUGGCUUGGCCGCCAUGAUCGCCAUGUCUAGUAAGUAAAUAAAUUAUAAGAGAAAAUUAUUCCAGCGGAAAAGUAUUAAACUGUAGCGCUGUUCGGUCUGCAUACGCUUGUCUACAUAUAGGCAAUUUUCCAUUGCAGUCGCUUUGCCCGCGCGGGCGGAGCGAAUAUUACUCAACUUUCUCUGUAGUUGCCUAACCUGUGCAUUGUUUGUCCGCCUGAAUGCUCGCGGACACGCCAUGAAAGUAGAACUACUUUCAACUUUCUUGGCGCGUCCGGGCGACUGAUUUUUCACGUGAUUAAAAUUGGUCGCUCCGCCCGCGCGUGCAAAGCGACUGCAAUGGAAAAUGGCCUUAUGAGUCUCCAGCUGGCAAUAAAAAUUCUUCAACUAUAAACUUCAUGUUCUUGCAAAGCUUCUUCAUGUCACCUUGAUCAUGUAUUUUACUUAAUCGAAGAAGGAAAAUGCACUGCGGCUGUCACCACUUCGUUUAAGUCCAUAUAAAAAAAAUGUAAACUAUAAACUUAACACGUGCAAAGAAACGUACCGCAUCUCUAUACUUACAAAUACCGGAGCGUACCGCAUCUUAUAUAUACUUACAAUAAUAAUCUUUAUUUGCAUAAUUUCAAGAUUAAUUACAACCAACGGCAACCUAUAAUUCAUAUAACCAAAAGUAUAGAACCGUUCUUUUCAAAACAGCUUUUACCACAGAGCUGCAUGCUUGCUAAUGUGUGAAACACGCUUUCCUGCUUCAGAAGAAAUACCAUCAUAUUUCUAACUACAUUUAAAUUUAAUCUAACGAAAUAUUACGUAGAACUAACCCAUCAAAUUUAUGAUCCGGUAGAUCCAAGAACAUUCAAGUCUGUUUGCCGAUUAAAUGUCGCACCACUCGCCCACUAUAUAUGAACUUAUAUCAACGCGAACAUGUUGCUAAACUUAGUUCUUGUUAGUUUAUUCGUCAUUGCUUUUGCAUGCUUUGUUUUCUUGUUUUGUGUUUAAUUGCUUUAUGUCUGUUUAAAUUUCUAAAGCAAUUAGAUAUACUAUAAGUUGAUUUUUUUGGAACCCUGUUAUUGGAGAACUAUCACUGUGAGGAAACUCCAGUCACUUGUAACCAUAAUAUUCUAUAGAUCUAUUGCAAUGGCAAACUUGUAAACAAAAUAAAAUAAAAAAAUAAGUGACAAUCGCCAUAAGGACUGUUUGAUUGCCUUCAAAUUAAAACUUAAUUCGACACUGAACGCAGCAUUUUGCAAAAGCAUCCUUUUUGGCUGCUCUAUAUCUUGAAAAGAAGAAUCGUGCAUCAAGAAUCUUAUUGGAAAUUAGCUAUUAUUGGCGAAGCUCAUGCAUGCAUAUAGGUCGAUUGCCUUUCUAACGAAUUCAUGGUUUAGUUAAAAAAUUUUAAUGUGUAAUUUCAACGAUUCCUCAGAUGUUUUAUUACGAAACAGCAGUGUUGUAAUAUAGCGGGAAUGAGAACGAAAGAACUGUAGAAAUAACAGCGGGCUCGUCAAAUAAAAACAUCUUAUUGUAUUUUUUAGCUUCAGAACCUAAAAAACGGGAAGAAGUUUUACCACCCACGACGGAGAACCCUGGAUCCAGUGAGAUGAAUCCUGAAAACAAUAAGAAACCUGAAGGAAUUCAGAAGAAACCUAAAUCUAGUAAGGAAGACUCAGCAUACCCGGGCCAUUCAGGUAAGACAGAAUAUUAAACCAGUAAGACAAAACCCAAGUUUCCCAUGGGUCCAAUAAAGCAGAAGUUUAAAUUCAGUGAAAAAAUUCCCAAAUGCUCGCGAAUCCAUGUGGUACGAUUAAGACUUAAUAAGGCAUUGGACCAUUUAGAUUGUCUCGUUCGGAAAAAAACGUUUAUAAAAUAUAGCUUAGCUAUUUAUCAUUUAUAGACCAGGAGCGAGGGGGAUUCGGCGUAAUAUUUCCCGAAGUGAUGAUAUUUUCCGAGGGGCUUUGCCCCGAGGAAAAUAUCAUCACUGAGGGAAAUAUCGCCGAAUUCCCCGAGCGGAGGGUCUAUAAAUGAUAAUUAUAUUAUACCGAAAGUUAAAGAACUCACUAAGAGUCUAUUAAGUUCAGAAUAAACUUUAAAACUUGCUGAAUAUUAAUAACUACGCGAAUACAAUUUUUAAUUUCUUAUCUAUACCUGAGUUUUUGACGUUUUCUCCUUAAAAUAUUUGAGCAAGUAUCCUUUGGAUCGUUGAAGGUAACAUAGACGUGUUGAAAUCUUUGGUUUACUUAUUAAAUCUUCUGUAGUUCUGUUCGAAAUUAAUACAAACAACAGCUCGCGAACGCUAUAUUGUUUCAGAGCGUGGCGUCCACGCGUCGCGCGUGAGCAUGGGGUACUAUAAUAUCCCACUGUGGAUCUGCCGUGGGAUAUUAUAGUAUCCCACGCUGGAUUGCGAAAUCAUGAAUUUGAGUGAAUUACCGUAAAAAAUCACGCUAUCACGUGGUGUACAAAUGCUGUUUUUUCACUGGACAAUUUGAAUUUGAGAUAUAAUAUUAGAAUAUAUACUUUGCCUGAAAGCGAUAAGGUGUCGGUCGUCUUGGAUUAAUACUCGAUCUAAUUUACUGUGGUUUGAUGACAUCAAGAGUGGUCUUAUUAAACUAUCUCUAUAAAGAAACCGAAAAAGAUCAAAAUUUGUUUAAAAUAUAUCCCUUCAAUUUUAAAUAGAAACAACAAACGAGUUUUCAGAUCAUACUGAUCUCACUUGUAAAGUACGCGCGUAAGAUACAUACCCUGCAUGAAUAAUUAAAGAUGGCGACAGCACACUGUCUAAAAAGAUCAAAAUUUGAGACUUUUAAUCAACCUUACCCACACACAUACCCCACCCACCCUUACCUCUAAUCUUGGAUAAGGGUCAAUAAUUCGAAACUACUUAAGUAUAGAUGGUGGGGAUCAUCUGGCUUCGGUUAUACUAGUAAGAUUCAUGAAGAAACCUGGAUGGAAUAAAUAUUUGGACCAAUAAAACUUCGAACCUCAUCUUGAAACUCGCAAUUUUAGGAGAACAACAUACAGCCUUUAAUGAUCAUAACCAUUUUCAUUUAAAUUACGUUCAUUAAGAUUAACUGUGCUAUAUUUUAUGUCAUGUAGAUAAAGCUAAUGGUACAAAAAAAGUCUGCUUUAAAGGUAAGAUUUAAAGUACAUUUAUUCCAAUACCAAAAAAACCUCCCCAGCUUCUGAAGUGAUUAUUAUUUGAAUUCUUAUCUUGUGUAAAAAUGUCUCACAUUCAAUCAUGGAUCUAUCAAAUUGCUCCGGGCCCCCACCUCAAUGGGGCCCCAACUUGAAAGAGAGAGCCUAAAAUUAGAUUCUUUACGUAGGUCAGCGCAUUUUUGAAAUUGAGGGCCACUUACACUAGCUCCACAUGAAGCCUAUCUAAGGUAUAGUCGAUCGUCAGGGUGACUGUCUUGGGUCUAGCUUAAAAAUAAUGAUGUCAUGCGGCCCCCAGAGAAGAUUUGUCCCAGGUUCCGCCCGUAAUUUGUUGGAAAAAACACACCCCAGUUGGUUUACCAGCAUAGUCUGUAUAUCAGAUAAAAUCGGAUGUGAAUAUUUUAUCGUUCUUCUAAAACGACCAAUCUUAUGAGUUCAUAAGUUCAUUGGCGAAGUAAUUUUAAAAAUAAACAUUGUCUUAGCCGAUAAAAUCAAAGCUAAGGCUUAUGUAAAUCAGGACAAAUAUUUAUGCGAUCUACAAACACUGAUUAAACAUUCAUUUCUUUUGAAUUUUCUUCAUGAAGUAUUAACGCGUUUUAUAAAUAUAGAUAAUUAUAUUGUAAACUAAGGGUCUAAAUCAAAAAGUUUUCUAAACUGUUAAAGGUUUGUAUAUAUAGACUCCCAUCCCCAAAUUUCUAUAUUUUGUUAUAUUCAUGUAAAUAUAUUUAUUAAAUACAUGACAAAUUUACUGCAAUCUGAUUGGAUAAGAUGAGUGCAAUUAUUUCAUUAAUUAUUUAUCAGUGGCAAAUACUGCAAUUUCAUUGGUUUACAGGAGUGCGAUUUGAGCAUUAAACGCACCUUUUUCUGAGCUGUAAUCACAUUCUUGUCUACAGCCAAUGAAAAUCAGUCUAGUAUUUACAACUAGCCAAUCAGCAUUCAGAAUACAAACUUAGAAAUUUAUUUCCUUUAUUGUUGUAAAAAAUUUCAAAAUGGAGGAAUUCACAAAUUUUGACCUUUUAAUUUGGAAUUCUAUAAUCGACCUAAUAAUCGAAUUCUAUAAUCGCUGACUUUUUAACAGCUAUCAGCACCAAAAAAAUUCUUACUUUGGCUGAAUUAAGGUCGGCAAAAAAUUGCCUACCUGGGAGGUUGAUAGAUCGGCAUUUAGGUCGGCAUUGCCGAAUGCUGACCUCGUUUUCGAGGGCUGUUAAAUUAUAUAUUUUCUGACGAAAAUGACCUACCUAGCUGUUCUUCCAGCAGAAGACACCGAACUACAAUCAGUUUCAAAAGUCUUGGGACAGAUGCCACAAAAAACCUUUGAAUUCCAACAAACGUCAAUCCCCCCGCCCCCUGUCCAGUGUUAUGCCCCAUUUCUCGUCAGGUUUGACGUGUUUUGGUUGGAGCAACAUUGAUUGGGGUGGGGGGAGGGGGAGGUGAACGGUAUUGUGUGUAAAAAACUGUAGUGAUCCACUUACAAUCUUAAACUACAUGUGUCCCAACAACUUCUGAAAGUGAUUGUCUGGGCCCCAUAUGCCAUAACCCCAUUGUAUAUCUCAAAAGUACAGGGGAUAGAAUGCUCUGCGAACGAAGUAUUUCUGCUCCAUUUCGUUCACAGAAGUUCUAUUAUUACAUUUUAAAACAAUUAAGUACCAUUAAAGUUCUGAAAGUUAAUAAUUAACAGGAUAUGAAUAUAACUUGUUAUGUCAUAUAGCAUUCUUAAUCGUUGUUUGUUUUUACAAAUUUCGGCAGAGCACAAGUGGGUUAUUUGAGAGGUUGUAUAAAGUCCGUCAAUAUAAAGAUAGGUAUCGCGAAUGUUUUACGCUAGAUAUGUCACACUUACUGUUAAUUUAUAGCAUAGUAAUAUAACAUCCGGUUACUUUCGCAUGCGAGUAACGGCUGAGUCAACUGCUAAUUUGGGUACUCCGAAGGUAAAGAACGUUUGCUUUAUAAUCGCUUAUGGUCAAUGUGACAUUUCACAUCGUUCUAAAGCAGAAUUUGCAGAUAUAAUUGUCGACGCAUGGGAAGGAAGGAGCACUAAGUAGGUGGGAAUGUCGGAGGCUCAUGGAAAGGGCGGUAGUCACUUCCACACGGCAAAAAAAAAUUGUCCACAAGAGCGAGGUGGCGAGCUAUCGGAGAGCUCGAGAAGAGUAAAUGUGGCAUUUAAUUGAACGUUUCCGCAGACAAUCUCAAAAAUUACUAUUCCGCAUAUUUGUACGUGGUAAAGGAAGACCCGGACUAGGUGAUUUCUCCAGGGCUUAUAGACCUCCCCAAUGCUGACGCGUUAGCGAGUACUAGCGCGACCCGCCGAAGCAAGAAAGUCGCACAGUCUUCCAAAAAUAUGUAACGAAAGGGACUCGCAGUAUACGGCGUUGUACGCAUCAUACAACACUGACGUUAGUGUUAUACGCUAAUUAUGCUAAUAAGCGUUUCCGGACGAGACGAAUGCAAUGAAACUAACAUCGGUUGACACUUCGAUUGUCACUAUAGAAAUAUGAAAUAACAGGCAACUAGACAUCUUUUAAAACAGAACAAGGCUAAGAAUAAUCUGUUGAGAAUGUCUAACAAUGUAUUUACUAUUAAUGAAAGGGUUUGAAAUUGAUUAAACCAUGUUUUGGAUCGAUUGACACUUUUUUACAUAAAUAAAUCCGAUAUAUCAUAGUGAUAUUUCUAGAGUUGAGUGUCAAUCGAUACAUUUUAUACAAUUUAUAUACUUUGUGAUUAAGUACAACCCGUAAUAUAUCAAUAAGCGCUCCCUAAACACGUUUGCUUAGUACUUAAUGUUCUGAAAAUGAUUAUGCCGCGACAAUUGAAAGUCAGUAUCAAUGAAAAUGCUAUAUAUUUCAAAGUGACAACCGAGUGUCAAUCGAGCACGUGUUCAAGUGUUUUAUAUUACAUACAUGUUUUCGUGUCAAAUAUGCACAAUCUUUAAGUGGCCUUCGAUAACUUACCCUUGCAUUUUAUAUAGCAUUAACCUAGGUCGACAAUUAACCAGAUAGAUGUGUUUUCUCCCUUGCAUAUAGACCAGAUUUAAUCGCUCGGCAUACUACACUCCCCACACUCACAUCUUUCAGUAUAAGCUCAUUUAUAAUAUACUGUUGGAUUGUGUUACAUUUGAAAGAUAUUGACCACAACCGAAGUACAGUAAGGACAUAACAUAUGCCAAUGCAAUUCAGUAAACAUGUUAUACUAAAUGCUAUAUGAUUUUCGCGAAACUGAUAUUCUAAAACACCCGGUAAUUCAAAGAGGUUAAAUAUGUCUUUCAUUGCCUUUAAGAUGUCUCGGCCCCAUAUGCCAUAACCCCAUUCUAUAUCUCAAAAGUACAGGGGAUAGAAUGCUCUGCGAACGAAGUAUUUCUGCUCCAUUUCGUUCACAGAAGUUCUAUUAUUACAUUUUAAAACAAUUAAGUCCCAUUAAAAUUCUGAAAGUUAAUAAUUAACAGGAUAUGAAUAUAACUUGUUAUGUCAUAUAGCAUUUUAAUCGUUGUUUGUUUUUACAAAUUUCGGCAGAGCACAAGUGGGUUAUUUGAGAGUAACCUCAAUAUAAAGAUAGUCCGUCAAUAUAAAGAUAGGUAUCGCGAAUAUUUUACGCUAGAUAUGUCACACUUACGGUUAAUUUAUAGCAUAGUAAUAUAACAUCCGGUUACUUUCGCAUGCGAGUAACGGCUGAGUGAACUGCUAAUUUGGGUACUCCGAAGGUAAAGAACGUUUGCUUUAUAAUCACUUAUGGUCAAUGUGAUAUUUGACAUCGUUCUAGAGCAGAAUUUGCAGAUAUAAUUGUCGACGCAUGGGUAGGAAGAAGCACUAAGUAGGUGGGAAUGUCGAAGGCUCAUGGAAACGGCGGUAGUCACUUCCACACGGCCAAAAAAAUUGUCCACAAGAGCGAGGUGGCGAGCUAUAGGAGACCCGGAGAAGAGGAAAUGUGGUAUUUAAUUGAACGUUUCCGUAGACAAUCUCAAAAAUUACCAUUCCGCGUAUUUGUACGUGGUAAAGGAAGACCCGGACUAGGUGAUUUCUCCAGGGCUUAUAGACCUCCCCAAUGCUGACGCGUUAGCGAGUACUAGCGCGACCCGCCGAAGCAAGAAAGUCGCACAGGCUUCCAAAAAUGUGUAACGAAAGGGACUCGCAGUAUACGGCGUUGUACGCAUUAUACAACACUGACGUUAGUGUUAUACGCUAAUUAUGCUAAUAAGCGUUUCCGGACGAGACGAAUGCAAUGAAACUAGCAUCGAUUGAAACUUCGAUUGUCACUAUAGAAAUAUGAAAUAACAGGACACUAGACAUCUUUUAAAACGGAACAAGGCUAAGAAUAAUCUGUUGAGAAUGUCUAACAAUGUAUUUGCUAUUAAUGAAAGGGUUUGAAAUUGAUUAAACCAAGUUUUGUAUCGAUUGACACUUUUUUACAUAAUUAAAUCCGAUAUAUCAUAGUGAUAUUUCUAGAGUUGAGUGUCAAUCGAUACAUUUUAUACAAUUUAUAUACUUUGUGAUUAAGUAGAACCCGUACUAUAUCAAUAAGCGCUCCCGAAACACGUUUGCUUAGUACUUAAUGUUCUGAAAAUGAUUAUGCCGCGACAAUUGAAAGUCAGUAUCAAUGAAAAUGCUUUUUGUUUCAAAGUGACAACCGAGUGUCAAUCGAGCACGUGUUCAAGCCGUUUUAUGUUACAUACAUGUUUCAUAUCAAAUAUGCACAAAAUUUAAGUGGCCUUCGAUAAAUUACCCUUGCAUUUUAUAUAGCAUUAACCUAGGUCGAUAAUUAACCAGAUAGAUGUGUUUUCUCCCUUGCAUAUAGACCAGAUUUAAUCGCUCGGCAUACUACCCUCCCCACACUCACAUCUUUCAGUAUAAGCUCAUUUAUAAUAUACUGUUGGAUUGUGUUACAUUUCAAAGAUAUUGACCACAACCGAAGUACAGUAAGGACAUAACAUAUGCCAAUGCAAUUCAGUAAACAUGUUAUACUAAAUGCUAUAUGAUUUUCGCGAAACUGAUAUUCUAAAACACCCGGUAAUCCAAAGAGGGUAAAUAUGCCUAUCAUUGCCUUUCAGGCAAUCCGUUUCAAAAGUCUUGGGACUCGACAGAUGCCACAAAACCUUUGAAUUUCACUGAACAAACGUCAUUCCCCCCCCCGGUCCCUGCUCAAUGUUGUGUCCCAUUUCUCGUCAGGUUUGAUGUGUUUUGGUGGGAGCAACAUUGAUUUGGGUGGGGGGGAGGGGGAGGGGAGCGGUAUUAUGUGUAAAAAACUGUAAUGAUCCACUUACAAUCUUAAACUACAUGUGUCCCAACAACUUCUGAAAGUGAUUGUAGACACAACCAGCGGUUAUAUUUGAAUCAGAUUCAGAUUAAACUGAACUAAAGAACUUCACAAUUUUGAACACGUUAUAAACUUGCAAACAUGGCUUCCCAAUUAUGUGUUGAAUAAUUCAAGCAAUGUUGUCAUGUGAUUAUACCGGAAAUAAUACCCGGAAGUUAAUAAUAUGUUAAGUUGAUUAUGAUUAAUUUAAUUCAAAAUUGUACUAUUUCACUAAGAAUUGUCGUGACAAAAAUUUAAUAAUUAUAUUGAAUUUCAACAAAUUGUAUUUUUGUGCUUUUCUCCCUUAUUAAACAGUUUGAUUAAAGAAGAUAAAUAAUUAAUAAGUAAUAGAACGAAUUAAGUCGUACUAUUAAUGCCAUAAUCAUACUCGUGAUUAACAAAUCAACCUCCCGCUACGCGGUCGGUUGAUUUUGUAAUCACUCGUAUGAUUAUAGCUUUAAUAGCACUCCUAUUCGUUCUAUUACCUUCAUUAAUUGCACUCUCCAGGAGUCCGUGAUGGCUGGGGGGAGCGGGAAAUCAAAACAACAAAAUCCAAUAUGGCGGCGAAAUUUAAAUAUGUAUUUAUAACAAUGUGGACGAAUUUAACUAAAUUUUGGCACAAUAAUGAGUUUAAAAAACAUUGUGUAGCAAAAAGAGCCUGUGAAAAAUACCUUGAAACAGUCUUAAGAAGUAAUAUCGGCGGGAUGCAGCGAAACGUGACUAUGUACUGUAAGCUGGUAAUACAAUUUAUAAAGAUUUUUUUACUCUAAAAUAUGUUGUUUGAGUUUGAAUCUUGUGUUCUAGCAAGUCGUGCAAUUAACGAUUAACACUACUCGUGAUAUUUGAAAAAUGUGCCAAAUUGCACUCGCCUUCGCGCAGGGGCGGAUCUAGGGGUCGUCAAACCAGUCACGCGACUAAUGUAAAAAUUGCAAACUUAAUUAAAGUCUUAAAUAUUCGACCAAUAGUCCAGUUAUUUUUCAUCAUGCAGCGACACCUUAUAAUAGUCCAGUAUCUAUUAUCAUGCAGCGGUAGCAAUUAACAUUCCAAUCGAACUGUUGUCCAGUGAUCAAAUUUCAUACAAUGGUUGAGCCGACGAGCUUAGUCAAGUCAAUGAGCAGCUGACAUACGCAAAGUCGGUCAGUCAAAAAGUCAAAAUUCAGUGUUCUGAUUGGUCUAGACACUUAUUGCCAUGGAAACAAGCGAUUUUUUGUGAUUUUGACUGAUCUGUGGGGAGUUCUGACCGAUUUACAAAAAUCAGGGGCGCCCAUGCAUUAGUCGGAAUAUCAUUAAUAUUUGACGCGUGGUAAAGUCUUUCCUAGCGCGCGCUCAUUCGAAGUGUCAUGUUGUAGCUUUGUCGAAAGAUUCAAUUUAAAGAUAUCUACGGAAAAUUCGGAAAUGUCUGCUGCUCCAGAAUCCAGUCCUUGUAGUAUUCACGAAACGGUUCAAUCCGCAUUUGCGGUGAAUGAUUUAGCUGUCUUACAAGACUGUUGCGCUGAUCUUGGGAGGAAAAAUAAAUCAACGCUAAAUAUCGGAGAGUUCCAUUCAGUGUCAGAGCAGUUGCUAAGCGGCGUAAGCGCCACGAAUAGCACGAACUACAGUUUGACUGUUUGAGUAGAAGUAUUGGCGCCCAGAUCUUUAUUCUGAAGUGCAAUAAGGUAAAUUUAAUCAUGUGAUAUGUAAGUUUUAUUUCGUUUUAGACAGCAUAAGAAUAUUUAUAAGCGAACAAGAUGCGCGCCAUGCAUAUGUAAAAUUGUAACUUGACUCAACAAGGCUAUUAGGCAACAAAAAUGAGUGUAGUAAUAUCAUGAGACAGUUAAACAUAAUACUAGCAAUCCGUAAUUUGAUAAAAUGAAACUUCUUCCACAAUUAUCAGUUUAUCACAUUUCUGCAAGUACUUCUCCUUUACUUUUUCCUAAGGAGCGAGUUGUGAGAGUCAGUCAUACUGAUAGUUGCUAUAAUUAUCUCCCAUUUCAUGAAGUUAAUUUUUUGUUGAAUCUGCUUUCUGAGUGAUGCAAAUUGCGUUUCUGAGGUUUAAAAAUAUAACAAUUCCUGGGGGACAGACCCCCCUAGGUGCCUCGGGCAUUCGCCGCUCGCAAAACUAGACUGUACAUCCGAAAACUUUGACUAACGUACGAAAAAUCCUGGAUCCGCCCCUGCCUUCGCGGCUCGUGCAAUUUUACUAAAUUGGCACAUUUUUCAAAUAUCCGAUCACGUACUCGUAGUGUUAAUCAUUAAUUGCAUUCCUUCCCGUGUGAUUACCUAUACUAAUUGACAUGGGCGAAAUAAAUUUUAAAAUAAAAGAUGGCGUCAAUUUUGAACCAUCGUUGAAGAUUGUAUUUUUAUUGGCAAUUUUGCGCUAUUAUUUUAAUUUUUAAUUUGCGAAAUGCAUUUAAAAAGUAGUUACUUGUUUAAAACCAAACUGAAAUAAAGCUAAAACUAAAUAAUCUUUAAAGAGGCGCCAAAACAUUAAAUAUUUGAAACGCUUUUCGCUGGAAAUGUGCGACAUGAAAAAAAAAAUUUGAAAGUUGCUAUAAUUUACGAAUUUUUAUUAAUUUCAGAGUGCAGGAAAAUAACAGAAUCUGGAAAGACAGCAACCUGUCACGAGCUCGAGAUUGCUAUUGGAUGUCGAGCAAGUGGUGUGCGUGGAUGUAAAGCAAGCCAAACGUUUGACGCACAAGGAUGCACCGUAAAUAAAGACAGCUGUGAUGAAGAUUUUGUGAUGACACCAAGGGAUAACGCAGUAGUGACGGCAGUGUGCUGUAAACGAAAUUCUGUACGACUACAAUUAUAAUUAAAACUUGGCUGCAGUUCCUUGGGAACACUGGAAUUUUAAUUACAUGGCAAUGAUAUUAACCAAACUUUAGCAACCUACGUUACCAAUAUAGGUAUAGCUUUUCCUUGAUUAGAAAUUAUUCUUUAGAC